AGCCAAAAAGUUUGGGAACCACUGCUCUCCUGCCAUUGUGAUAAGGGACUUGAUCUUCCCACAGAGGAUUUCUGGAUCAGCAUAGAGCAGCUCCACACCCAAGCUGUUGGAAUCCCCUCCCAGAACUCAUGCAUCAGCUUCUAGGCUCAGAUCUUACUGUAGUAGGGGAGAUGCAUUUGAGGUCAAAUGCAAUAAGCAACCUCACCUCUUCUUUGGUACCUUUUUGUUUCAUGCUGAGCCGAUCAGCUGGAAUCAAAUGUGCCAGCACUAAUCCUGCCAUGCCGUUCACUCUCUGCAUACAAAGUCGGGGGCCUCAUCUGUUAUUGAAUCCUGGAUGAUACUAAUUUCUUUAGCCACUGACCCUGUAUUGAAUAGCACGGAGGCUGCUGUUGCUUUUGUUCACCAAUGCCUUUUUCUCCUGAGCAUGAUUAUUUGGUGUAACCAAAGGAACCAGAGUGUGACAUCUUGGCUUUGAUUUACAGUCAGCGCUUGGUGUUUCCUUUUUGCCUGCUCUUCCCCUGCUCACCAACACAAGAAUUGAGGGGUCUAAGCUCUCAGAGUCUGUGCUGGCCUGGAGUCCCCCCUAUCCUCAGCUGAUGACAGCAUUGUGCAACCUUAUCGGCCAGCCUGAGACAUUUAUCAGAGGGAACAGAUGUCCAGAUUAGAACCUCUCAAAGGCAGGACCCAAAUUUGUCAUAAAACAUAACUCCUCCCAGGACACCGUUCUGUUUUCCGUGAUGCACCCACUCAGAUGGCACCCGUACGCACUGUGGAGCACCCUGGUACUCCACCCCCACUCAUUGAAGGCCUCUCACUCCAUGACAUCCAUUCUUAAACCAACUUAAUUCUCUCCACAUCGGCCAAUCCAAUCAUAUAGGCAUAACACACAAUGCUGUUUCAUGCAUUUGACCUCCCCCUCCAUUACACAAUUCAUACAGGUCUGUGUUCCUUUCAGUCCUGCUGGAUAGAGGUGGUGGAUCAGACCUUCAUGAGUAGCUCUGCGGGGCGAGGGAGGGGCAGCAUCAGGCUGCAGGUGGACGAAGAGGAGAAAGUGGCUGACAUGUAGGCGGAUGGCAAGUACGUUGCUAGAAAAGGAAUCUGGGGGAUAUUGUAAAGGCAAAGUGGAAGGGCUGUGGAUUGGUUACUCUGGAAAUGGAGUGGAGGCAAAGUGAGACCUGCAGCCAGCUAAGCAAGGAUUGAAGCUUGGUGGCACUGGAAAUGGAUUAGCAAAGAUAUUCUGAGUUGCCAAUGCUGGGGAUGGCGGACUUCAUUGUGAGCAUGGUGGAAUGGCUUCAGAAGGACCAGUAGAAUGUGACAUGAUGUCACUGAGAUGGGAAUUAGGAAGUAAUGUGGCAACAGCAUUGAAAGAGAAAUAUUUUAUGGCGGCAAGGAAGGACUAGGUGUCGUAGGAAAGGAGUAGAAUAGAAUAAGCGGGGUGCAGAAGGAGCAUGGAGGGUGGGUGAAGUAAGGCCUGGCAGCCCUGAAAAAUAGCUUUGAAAUUCUGGAAUGGUAAAUCCAGCAUUUAAUAGAUGUGAAUCAGGAUGGCACUUGGGUCUCUGGCUGAGGCUGCAGGCCACGUUUAUACUUGAGAAUAAAACUGCUCCUGAAUGUACUAGUGGGUAGUAAUGAGUUAAAAACAAAUGGUUCCAUGUGUGCUUAAUAAUGGCCAUGCUAUUUGGUUCCGUUGUGGUGCUCUCUAGGUACCUAGCCCUCAGUUCCCAGAAGUAGAGCGAUAUGGGUGAUUUGUGAAACAUUACCUGUGCAUCAUGGUUCAGUAAAAAUAGCAGUGUUUGGACCUUUGUACUAUUACACUGGCAACCGUGGUUCAUGCUGGAACUAAAACAGCACAGUAUGUUAUCAUAUUUAGCCGUACUGAAAACAACUGUUUUGGUACACAUGGACACCCUUUGGAGCACUUGUUUGUGACCAUGACGGAUUUUACAAGGUGCUAGGAGGUCUGAAGAAUUAGAAUAGCAAUUUCCUUUAAUGUAGGUGAAGCUGCAGUCGGCGAAGCUGCUGUGUUUGGCUAGCUUUGUUUCAGAUUGUUUUAUUGUUUUGGAGCCAUGAUUCAGAGACGGGACGCAACAGUUGGUUAUACUGGCAUCCUGGCCCUUUUGGGGUUCAGCUGCCCUCUCUGGCCCAGCAACUCUGCUUUCAUUAACUUUUUAGAUGUUUCAGUAACUUUUUAGAUGUUUCUGAAUAGUAUUAAGUGAUUGUAUGUUUUUGUAACCUUGUUUUGUGACAGCCAGUUAUGCUGAGAGAACUCCCCCGUUUUAAUAGGUCUAAGUAGAAGGUAAAUGUUGUGACUGGUUAAGUUGGAUGCACAUGUUUACAACAGAGUCUUCAGGACAUGGAAGCUGCAUGUUCAGUUAGCUGCAUGCGUUAUAGAAUUUGAUUCUGUUUUUCCAAACUUGGGGCCUGUUUAAAUUCUUUAGGUUUCUAUUUCACUUGUGUUGCUGAAAUCCUCCUCUUCUGUGUUUCAACCCUCCCUUGUAUGUUUUCCAGUUAACUUGUUCUAGGCCUGGCUAAUUUGCAGUGGGAAAGGAAGGCGAUAACACUUAAAAAGGAAUGUGCAGUAGAGACUCUGUUCCCAUUCGUUUACAGGAGACAAGUUGGAAAGGAAGUUGACUAAGGAGAACUUUCUCUGCUGUGGGGACAACUCUUAGUGGCCGAGUGCAUUUCUUAGCUCCAUUCCCAAAGGUUUCCAGGUGCAGCUAUGAGGAAGCCUCGGAGGAGGUCCCGGCAGAAUCCUGAAGGGAGACGUUCUCCCUCGCCAUAUAGUCUGAAAUGCUCACCCACUCGGGAGACUCUGACAUAUGCCCAGGCCCAGCGGAUAGUGGAGGUUGAUAUUGAUGGACGGCUUCAUCGCAUCAGCAUCUACGAUCCCCUGAAGAUCAUCACGGAGGAUGAGCUGAUGGCCCAGGAUAUCACUGAGUGCAACAGCAACAAGGAAAACAGCGAACAGCCCCUGUUUCCCUCUAAAUCCAAGAAAACUCCCUGUAAAGGCAAAAAGAAAGAGUCAUGCUCCAAACACGCACCAGGGACAUCUUUCCACUUACCCCAGCCCAGCUUCCGGGUGAUGGAUUCCGUCAGCCAGCCAGAGGCCCCACCUCUGCCUGCAGCGUACUACCGGUACAUUGAGAAGCCUUCUGAGGAUCUCGAUGCAGAGGUGGAGUAUGACAUGGAUGAGGAGGAUCUGGCAUGGCUGGACAUGGUCAACGAGAAGCGGAAGGACGAUGGCUAUGGGACAGUUUCUGCCGAUGCUUUUGAGCUGCUGGUGGAUAGGCUGGAGAAGGAGUCAUACUUGGAGAGCCGCAACAAUGGGGCCCAGCAGUCCCUGAUUGACGAGGACGCUGUCUGCUGCGUCUGCAUGGAUGACGAGUGUCACAACAGCAACGUUAUCCUGUUCUGUGACAUCUGCAACUUGGCUGUGCACCAGGAGUGCUACGGCGUUCCCUACAUCCCCGAGGGCCAGUGGCUUUGCCGCUGCUGCCUGCAGUCCCCUUCGCGCCCGGUUGAUUGUGUUCUGUGCCCAAACAAAGGUGGAGCCUUCAAGCAGACCAGCGAUGGCCGCUGGGCCCAUGUUGUUUGUGCCAUCUGGAUCCCCGAGGUCUGCUUUGCAAACACUGUGUUCCUGGAGCCCAUUGAAGGGAUAAACAACAUCCCGCCGGCACGCUGGAAGCUGACUUGCUACAUCUGCAAGCAGAAGGGCAUGGGAGCUGCGAUCCAGUGCCAUAAGGUGAACUGCUACACUGCCUUCCACGUCACCUGUGCCCAGCGGGCCGGUCUCUUCAUGAAGAUAGAGCCCAUGAGGGAGACCAGCAUCAACGGCACAACUUUCACGGUGCGCAAGACAGCUUAUUGUGGGGCACAUUCCCCACCUGGGACAAUGAAAAAAGGGCCAAUGGCUGCUAGCAGCGAAGGGGAGGAGGACAUCCCAAAGGAGGAAAGGGAGGAGGACGACAGCAUUGGCAUCCCCAAGGGAUCCUUGAAGAAGAGCAAAGUGAAGUUGAAGCAGAAGAUCAAAAAGGAAGUGUGCGACCUGGCAGAUGGGCGUUCAUCCAUGCCAUUGGUGACAGUCACACAGAUCCCUUCUUACAGGUUGAAUAAAAUCUGCAGUGGACUGUCUCUCCAGAGGAAGAACCAGUUUAUGCAGCGGCUACACAACUACUGGCUGUUAAAGCGCCAGUCGAGAAAUGGUGUCCCUUUGAUCCGGCGUCUACACUCUCACUUACAGUCCCAAAGAAAUGCAGAGCAGAAGGAGCAGGAUGAGAAGACCAGUGCGGUGAAGGAGGAACUGAAGUACUGGCAGAAGUUAAGACACGAUUUGGAGAGAGCGCGGCUGCUCAUUGAGCUGAUCCGUAAGAGAGAGAAACUCAAACGGGAGCAGGUCAAAAUUCAACAGGCUGCUAUGGAGUUACAGCUGACUCCUUUCAACGUGCUGCUGCGCACAACCUUGGACCUGCUGCAAGAGAAGGAUCCAGCCCAGAUUUUUGCAGAACCUGUAAACUUGAAUGAGGUUCCAGAUUACCUGGAAUUCAUAUCCAAUCCAAUGGAUUUUUCCACCAUGAGGCGGAAGCUGGAGUCCCACCUGUACCGAACCUUGGAUGAGUUUGAGGAAGACUUUAACCUUAUAGUUACCAACUGCAUGAGGUAUAAUGCUAAAGACACGAUUUUCCACCGAGCAGCUGUCCGGCUGAGAGACCUCGGAGGAGCGAUAUUACGCCAUGCGCGACGGCAGGCUGAAAACAUCGGCUUUGACACUAAUGUGGGGAUUCACCUGCCCGAGUCACCCAAAACAGAAGACUUUUAUCGCUUUUCUUGGGAAGAUGUGGACAACAUUCUCCUCCCCGAGAAUCGGGCUCACCUUUCCCUCGAGGCACAAUUGAAGGAGUUGCUGGAGAAACUGGACAUGGUGAGCACCAUGCGGUCGAGUGGCGCCCGGACCCGACGCAUCCGACUUUUGAGACGUGAGAUCAACUCCAUCCGGCAAAAGCUGGCCCAGCAACAGAACAAGAGCAUGCCAAAUGGAGAACCUGCCUUGCGGGAGGAGGGGCUGGACAGAACGCUAAGGGGAGAGCAGGACGAUGAUGGGGAGAAAGAUGACACCAAGCCCCCGCAUCCUCCCACCCUGGAACCCACAGGACCCGCACCCUCCCUCUCUGAGCUGGACUCUCUCCAGGAUCCUCCAAUGCUCAAGCCCAUUAGUGAAAGCAAGUCCUUGAGCCGACUGCAGAAGCGGAUGAAAUCGGAGGGCGAGCUCUUUGACAAGAAGACACUACAGAAGGAGAGCCAGGCUUUCCAACGCCUGCUCAGUGACAGUGGGCUGAACGGACUGGCACUUCAGGCCGCGGACUCUCCUGCCAGUCCCCCCUUCAGUGGCGUAGGCAGGCGUACGUCUGUGCUUUUUAAAAAAGCUAAGAAUGGGGUGAAGCUGCAGAGGGGCCUGGACUGCCCCCUGGAGAAUGGAGAGGACCACAGCCAGAGUGGACAGCUUUCCCCCUCCAGUGCAGAGGGCGAUCAACAAGCCCGGAAACGGCUGCGAAGUAGGAGCUGCAGUGCCAGUGAUGGCGAGAAAUCCCCCAGGCAGUCAGGAGAGACAGGAGUGACCAACGGCUUUGGGAAACAUGCCGAAAGCGGGUCUGACUCGGAGAGCAGCUCUGGCCUGGGCAGUGGGCUGGCUUUUCAGUGUUGCAGUGGUUUGACUCCUCCCAAACGUAGUCGAGGGAAGCCAGCCCUUUCCCGGGUCCCCUUCUUGGACAGUGUGAAUGGAGACUCUGAUUACAGCAGCUCAGGCAGAAACCUGCUGAUGCCCUUUGAGAGCCAUGCUGACCUGGAACCUCUGGAGCUUGUGUGGGCAAAGUGUCGAGGCUAUCCAUCCUACCCUGCCUUGAUAAUUGACCCCAAGAUGCCGCGUGAAGGCCUCCUUCACAACGGAGUUCCCAUCCCCGUCCCUCCCCUGGAUGUGCUGAAGUUGGGGGAGCAGAAACAGACAGAGGCAGGAGAAAAGCUCUACCUUGUCCUGUUCUUUGACAACAAGAGAACCUGGCAGUGGCUUCCUCGGGACAAAGUUCUUCCCCUGGGGGUGGACGACACAGUGGACAAACUAAAGAUGAUGGAGGGCCGUAAAACCAGCAUCCGCAAAUCCGUCCAGGUGGCGUACGACCGAGCAAUGAUCCACAUGAGCCGUGUCCGGGGGGACCACCCCUUUGUCACCUCAAAUUAUCUGUAGGGAGUCGGAAAUGCCCCGUUUUUUCAGACCCAUUUGUCACACAUUGGCAGAGUGGACCUUGCCGUGCACAAAAUGGUCGGGGAUUCCUCCCUGCCUGGAGGAGCAUGAUGGGGUGGCUGCUGUGUCCUUUUGUGUUCUGGUGAGAGAUGCACUGUCCAUAGCAGUGUGAGCAACUCCUACAAAGUACCUUGAAUCGUGCCAAAAAUCCUGUCCGGGUUCUUUCUGAAUGUGUCUCACUGAAGAGCCGGCAGGAGAAGAAGUGAUGUAUAGGCUGAACCACAAGGAAGAAGCCGGGAAGAGCUGCAGUGUGGCAGCUGUGCAUUGGCAGAAGUCACAGUCAGCCGGUGAAGGGCGGGGAAGCUGUAGUUUGAUGAUUGGGCCUCAUGCCCCACGCUUCUUGAAUUGUUAGUCUACAGCCAGCUCUGAGUAAUUCUCUGGAAUCCAUCACCACUGUAAAUAACCCAAGACCCUUUCGUGGAACUCCAACUGGACUGUCUUGUGCCAAAUUCACAAUGUCCAUCCCUGGACUUUUUUAAUUUUAUUUUUAAAUGACAUUGGUUGCCCACAGCGUUAAUAAAUCUGCAGCCUAUUGCUAUGGUUAUGACUCUCCUGCCUGUGUAUAUAUAGUAUGUUUUCAUGGUAGGUUUUCACCUCAGUUAGAAAAGAUUGAGAUCAUAUUUUGAUAACUUUCCCUUUCUCCUCCGCACACAUACUUACAUGCACAGAUGCACAGAGCUUUAAAUAUAAAAACCAAGUUCCCUAAUUUUAUUUUUUCUUUGUGUGUGUGUGUGUGUGUGCGCGUGACUGAGACUUAGUUUCAUUGUGUAAAUUUCAAUUUCAGUGACUGUGACAAUUCCAAAACGUGUACUUCCUAUUGCAUCUUAACAGAACGUUAAGUCUAGGCAAGAAAACAUCUUUUAUAUUUUUUAACCUAAUUUUGGAGUCGUCUAAUCAACUGGGGCAGCUUUGCAGGCACUAAAGUUGAUCAGGGGGAGAGGAAGACACGCCCUGUGGUAUUGUGUUAUGCACAUUCAGUUUAAAAUAACUAGUUGGAGCGCUCAGACCCCAAUUCCUGUCUGCCCUGAUAUUUUCACUGACUGUUUUUUUUAAAGUUUUCCUCCAGUUUGUUUUGAA